UUCAUUCUUCCUCUUCGCGUAGACAGCCAGACACGAAGGAGAAGCAGCUUCCUCCUCCGCAGCCGCCGUUCCCCGUAGCCCGACGCCGUCGUCGUUCACCAUCACUCGACGCCGUCGUCGUUCACCAUCACUCGACGCCGUCGCCGUCGCCGUUCGCCAUCGCUCGACGCCACUCCCCCGUCGCCCGUCUCCAUAGUCGUCGUCGUCUUCGGCGGCUCGUUCCCCGCUCCUGCCGGCGAGCGCAACGGCCGGCCGGUGAGGUCUCCCUUCUCCCUUUUCCGGUCACGGCUGCCUCUCCCCUGCAUCGACCCCUGCUGUCCAUAGACACUCUGCUUCCAGGUUUCUAAUAACCCCUGUUCUCCUUUUUCUUUCUACUUUCUAUUUGUCUUCCUCAUGUCUCUGUGUAUAUGAUAUCCAUAGAAUAGCGCUGUAGAUUUCCUCCUCUUGAUUCUAAUUUGGUCUGAAAGGUGCGACUUUCUUGUUAAUUUGGCCGGUGUUAUUAUUGUGUAUACUUGCUUUCUCUUUCGUGAGCUUUCCUUAUUACCUGUCUGCAUCACAUAGUCAUCAUGUCUUUUCCAUCUGUAGUAUACAUCUAGCUAACAAAGAAUGAGUUAAGAAAACUAGAAACUGGUUCUGUUGUUGGUUGUCAAAUUUCAUGAACAAAUUGUAAACUGAUAAGAACCACGAAAAAGAAAGAGUAACUUUCAGAUUGGGUAUUUGGGAAACUAAAGUUUCGAGAGUCUCUCAGGUACGUGCAAUGGACAAGAACAAAUUUCAAGUGAUGGGUAGCUCUCUACAUCAUUUCUGCUUUGCUUGUGUAAAUUACAUUUGUUCCAGGGGCCAUGUCCCUUUUUGUGUAGGAGUAGGAUUAUUGUCUCUCUGUUGGACUAACGGCAGAGUAAGAGUGAUAAAUAUAUUGAAGUUAAUUGUCUAUAGAGAAGAGUUGGGUGGGAACUGAUACCAUGAUUAAGAAGUGUCUACUAUUUAUACAAAUGACUAUUUAUUAGGUACCGGUUCUCAAACAGGUUUUAAACGGUCUAAUGCCGGCUGGACCACUAAAGACCGAGCCGUUCAUGUUACCGGGUCAUACUCCGGUUCGGUUCUGACAACAUUGCUUCUAACCCCUCUCCCUCCAAAAACCUUCCGAAACCAAUGGCGAACGUCGGCGAGAGCUCUUCGGCACCUCCGAUGUCCAACGACGGAGUGAAGCCCGUCGUCGUUAGGGUUAAGAGGAAGUUGCACCAGUCUAUACUCGACGCCUUCUGGCUGGAAAUCAACGAGAGGCCGUUUAAGCGCGCGACAUUGGAUUUGGCGAAGCUCUCGCUUGGCGAUUCCGCUAAUGGAAACGGAGAAGAAUCUAAGACUAGGAAGGUCCUUGUGCAGCAUGUUGAAACGAUCAGCACCUCGGAGUCCACCGUUCGUGUUGUGAAAUCGUUUGUGCCUAACUCUGUGGAUGUGGUUGAAGCUAAAACAACAACGGAGGACCUGAAACGGACCUUUAAAAGUGUCAAUAAACAAGAACAAAUUCUUUCUAAAUCCAGACAAAGUCAAGAGCAAAUAGCCAAAAGUGCACGCUUCCAACAAAUAUGGAGCAGGCGGAAGGAAACAGAAGAAACAGUGCAUGAUAUGUGUCAUUUCUAUGAUGUCAUUCGAAUUGAUGCCGAAUCCAGUCAGGAGAAGCAGAAAGAAGCUCUGUCUGUGGAGGAUCAGAAGCUUCUUUCUAGUUAUUUGCCUUUCUUAAAGGAGUUGAUUCCGGAUGCUGCCGAGGAGAUUGAAGCUGAAAUCAGUGCUUCCACUUCCCAGGAAGAUGAGUAUGUGUAUGACUACUACACUGUGAAUGAUACCAUGGACAUAGAACACGAAGACACGCCUUUUCCAUUUCCUCUGGUGCAAGUUGAGGACGAGGAUUUCUACGAUGGACCAGAUGACGAAUCUGAAUGCGACAGUGAAGAUUCAAAUGCUGAAAAUCAUCCAUUUAAUGAAUAUCCCGAUGAAAGUUCAGAAGCAGAAGACGAGUUGCAGAGUGAAGAUAAAAGUGACGACGAUGAAGACGAUGGAGAAGAAAACGAAGAAGGUGGAAUGGAAGAGGAAGAGGAAGCUGAUGAUGACGAGAAUCGCAGUUUGCUGAAUGGUGAAGCCACGAAUUCCGAGGACCAGUAUGAAGCCUACGUUGAUAACUACCUUGAUGAAGCUUAUAGCUUUGCUAACAUCAAACCUGAAAGUGAAGACGGUUAUAGUGAGAGCGACUAAGAGCUCAAAGAAUCUUCCUCUCAAGUGAAGACAGACGGUUAUGUAUGCAGUGUUACUGUUACUAGUUCACGAACGAUAUCUUUGCAAAGACGAGACGAGCUUUCAUAACUCCUCAUCCUUGGUCUCCAACUCUCGUAGCUCCGCCUCGUGCUUUUCGCUUAGCACCCUCCCUCCAUCUCUUUUUAACUUUCGCAUCUUGUUCUUCCUGUCUCCUCCCUCGACUUGUGUAAGACACAAGUCCUAUUCCUUUCUUACUCUCCAUUUUACCAAUGCUUUCCGACUCCUCGUACUUCUCCUCGUUCACUCCUCUCAUCUCAUCGGCUGCUUCUCCUAAUUUGACAUGGCUUACUUACAAACCGCUGUGAUAAAACCAAAAAGAAAUUUAAAUUCCAAAA